AAGGGAGGCGUUUCCAUGCUUCCCUUCUCCCAUGUCUGCAUAAAUUCGGGGAUGUGAGUCCACUCCAGGCAUUGGAAGGGAACACAGCUGUAGGUGUCAUUUCUCACCAAGAAGAGUUUCCCACCAGCUGAGGACAGAGAAGCCAAAAUGAAAAUCCUCUUGAGCCUCACUGCCUUCUCUUUCACACUUGCCUUGUGUCAGGGAUACUGCAUGUUUAGCCAGCAUGAAGCACAGAUUAAAGAUGGUCAACCGGUGCUGCCCACCGAGUGUACUGAUCCCUAUGAUGGGAGCAAGCAUUCAUUCGGCUCCGAGUGGAAUACAGCGCAGUGCAUGAAAUGCACUUGUGAUGAAAGUGGAAUGGAGUGCUGUGCCAGGUACGGUGGUACUGUCGAUGUUCCGGGAUGUAAAGCAGUGGUAAAUCCAAACACAUGUAAAUAUGAGUUGUAUAAACUGGACGAUCCCUCCAAACCCUGUUUCUGAGCUUUACAAAUUCCACCCAAAUUACUUUCAUGUAAGAGAAUCUGAAUAAAUCAGUCAUAUGUGCAUUUC